ACAAAGUCCAUGGCACAAAGCAAGGUGAGAUGUCAAUUUCUCAGUAUUUUUCUUAAUUGAGUGGUUUGUGGCAAGAGCUAGAUUAUUAUCAAGACUUCCAAGCAGAUUGUACUCAGGAUGCAGUAAAGUUCCAGAAACUUGUUGAAAAGGAGCGGAUCUAUGAUUUCUUGGCCGGGUUGAACCACGAAUUUGACCAGAUAAGGGUUCAAGUACUUGGUAAAACCCCUUUUCCUUCUCUUGAGGAAACCUAUUCCUAUGUCCAGCAGGAAGAAAGCGGAAGGAGUGCUAUGCUCUACACAACACCAAUAGAGAAGUCUGGGUUGACUGCUAGUGAUUACACAAUACCAAUUGAGAAGUCUGGAUUGAACGCUAGUGAUUUUCGGGAGCACAUAAAGGCUACCAAUUAUGAUAAAGAUCACUUACAUUGUGAUUAUUGUGGGAAGCCACGCCACACCAAGGAAACUUGCUGGAAGUUACAUGGUCGACCCUCUAGAGGUCGUGGAGGAAAACAAGUCAACUCAAUGAGAGCUCAAGCAAAUUUGUCAGAGACAGUAGAGUCAUCUAAGGAGACAACCUCUGGUGAAUUUCUCUCUCCUAGUGAACUCAAGCAUCUCAAGUCCUUUUUGUCGCAACUUGACUCUUCCUCUAGUGCAACAUCUAAUUUGGUGAAGUCAGGAUCUUCAAACAGGGAAGAGGAUUGGCAGUGGUAGAGUGCAUGAUGGCUUAUAUAUGUUGGAGAGGAAUCAAAGUGAUGUUCUAUGUCAAGGCUUUUUUGGAGAAAAUAAGAAUGCCAAUGAAGAAAUAAUACGGUGGCAUAGGCGGUUGGGGCAUCCAUCCUUUUUUUAUUUUAGAAAAACUAUAUCCUAGUUUGUUUUCUAGGAUUCAGGUUGAAUCUUUGUUUUGUGACGCUUGUGAGUAUGCCAAACAUACUAGAAACUCUUAUCCGUCAAGUAAUAAUAAAAGCACAGUUCCUUUCAUGACUAUCCA